AUGUGGCAAGAAGAAUCUGAUGAUUCUUCUAAUGACAGUGAAGAUGAUAUUAUGAAGGCAGCGCAUGAUGCUGAGGAGAGCGAAAAUAUUGAAUUGUCUCAUGUAGAGGGUGCACAAGCAGGUUCGAAUCAUGGUUCUGAUUAUGAACAUUCAGAAGUAGAAAGUCAUGAAAGCGAAGAGGAAAAAAGUAGUGUGAGUAGUAGUUCAGAAGAAAAUUCUGAUUCUACUCCUCCUCGCGCGAAAAAGAACAAUUCUCGGAGGUUGGACGAAGAUACCAGGAGGUUGUUAGAGGAGAACAAUUAUUUGAGACGUUCUUCGAGGUGUAAAACACAAGAAGUGGAGAAAAUGAAAGCGGAAGUUGAAGACAGUGAAUCUGGAGAUUCAGAAGGUUCUUGGUCUGAAGGUGAAGAACCUAAGCGCAAGAAAGCAAAAUCAAAUAAAAAGAAAUCGCCAUCCUAUAAAGGGAUCAGAAACGCAUCACGAAAAAAUGUCGACUACACGGAAAAGGAUACGGACGAGGAUAUUGAUGAGAAUGAUGUGUUAGAGUGGGAAGAAGAGAAACCUAUCCCUAGCGACUCUCUUCCUGUAGCUCCGGUAGAAACAAUUGAACGAGUAAUUAAAUAUCGUAUCGGUGUUAUUGGUGCAACGGGUUCACACACCACUUGCUAUAAUAGUGAAAAGAAUGAUCCUCUUGCGAAUUUGGAUAAGACAAGAACUGAAGACCAAUAUCUAAUAAAAUGGGUUGGAUGGAGUCAUCUCCAUAAUACAUGGGAAUCAGAAAGUAGUUUAAUGGCAUCAGGAGUUGGAGGAAUUAAAAAAGUCCACAACUUUGUUAAAAAGCAGAAGCAGAUAGAUUUAUGGCGAAGAACUGCUGACAAAGAAUAUGUUGAGUUUUUCGAUUGUGAACAGUUCAUGAAUGAACAGCUCUGCGAGGAAUAUACAAAAGUAGAACGUAUUGUCGCUCAUCAGGUUUCCCGAGAAAAAUCAUCUCUGGGAGCUAGUGGGACAGAAUAUUUCGUGAAAUGGAAUGGUCUUUCUUAUUCGGACUGUACAUGGGAAGAUGAAAAGCUCUUGCCUGCAGAAAGGCUAACAGAAUACCAUAGGCGAAUUGAAAAUUUUAAGCAACCUAACAAAAAUGCUGCUGCUCUCCGACGAAGACCAAAGUUCGUAAAACUCGAGAAAACUCCCGAUUUCCUUAGAGAGGGAGGAGAAGGAAACUAUGGUAGAGACUUGAGAGAUUAUCAGUUGGAGGGAUUGAACUGGAUGCUUCAUGCCUGGUGUAAAAACAAUUCUUGCAUUUUGGCUGAUGAAAUGGGUCUUGGAAAAACUAUUCAAUCCAUUUCCUUCCUCUCAGCUCUCACCCAUCGGUAUGAGGUUUACGGGCCAUUCUUAGUUGUUGUACCAUUAUCAACUAUGGCUGCUUGGCAAAGGGAGUUUGUGAACUGGGCCAGUGACAUGAAUGUAGUAGUUUAUAUGGGAGAUAGUUCAUCAAGAGAACAGAUUAGACAAUUCGAGUGGUACAACCCAUGCAAUAAAAAGUUGAAGUUGAAUGCAUGUUUGACGACUUAUGAAAUAUUGUUGAAAGAUAAAUCUUUUCUCGGUUCAUUCGAAUGGGCAGCUCUAGCUGUCGAUGAAGCGCAUCGACUGAAAAACGAUGAAAGUCUUCUAUACAAAUGUCUUUCUCAGUUUUCAUGUGAUCAUAGACUCUUGAUUACGGGUACUCCAUUACAAAAUUCUAUCAAAGAGUUAUGGGCUUUAUUACAUUUCAUUAUGCCGGAUAAAUUCGAGAGUUGGGAAGAGUUCGAAUAUGAUCAUAAUGACAAAGAUCAUAAAGGAAUAUCAGCCUUACAUAGGAAGUUAGAACCUUAUUUGUUGAGGCGUGUGAAGAAAGAUGUUGAGAAAAGCCUUCCACCAAAGUUGGAACAGAUUCUAAGAGUUGACAUGACAGCACAACAAAAGCAAUAUUAUAAAUGGAUUUUGACAAAAAAUUACCGGGAGUUAUCGAAAGGAGUGAAAGGCUCUAUAAACGGCUUCGUUAACCUUGUUAUGGAGCUGAAGAAAUGUUGCAACCAUGCUUCGCUUGUUCGUCAUUAUGAUUAUCAUGAGGGUGAGGCCCAAGCCCGAUUACAGCAAUUGCUCAAAUCGUCCGGGAAACUCAUUCUUUUGGACAAGUUGUUAUGUCGAUUACGGGAAACAGGACAUAGAGUACUGAUCUUCUCGCAAAUGGUUAUGAUGUUGGACAUCUUACAAGAGUAUUUACAACUACGUAGAUUUCCGUCUCAGAGACUCGAUGGUUCCAUGCGUGCAGACUUGAGGAAGCAAGCCUUAGAUCACUUUAACGCUGAGGGCUCGACCGAUUUUUGUUUCCUCUUGUCCACCCGUGCAGGAGGUCUUGGAAUCAAUCUGGCUACUGCAGAUACAGUUAUCAUCUUUGAUUCCGAUUGGAAUCCCCAAAACGAUUUGCAGGCUAUGAGUCGUGCUCAUAGAAUCGGACAGACUCGACAGGUUAACAUCUAUCGUCUUGUAACAAGAGCUUCGGUAGAAGAAGAGAUUGUUGAAAGAGCUAAGAGGAAGUUGGUGUUAGAUCACUUGGUCAUCCAGAGAAUGGACACAUCUGGACGCACUGUACUUUCGAAAACGAAUGCUGGAUCUGUUCCUUUCGAUAAGCACGAGCUUAACAAUAUUCUGAAAUUUGGAGCUGCAGAGUUAUUCAAAGAAAGUGAAGGAGAAGAACAAGAGCCAGAAGUUGAUAUAGACAGGAUCUUACUUGGGGCUGAGACGCGAGAUGCCGAGGAAGAAAAUGUCGGGCCCAUGGAUUUAUUGAGUUCUUUCAAAUACGCUAACUUCGUUAUUGAUGAGGAAAGAGAUGUAGCAGAAGCUGCCGCACAGAAGCGUGACGAUUGGGAUCAAAUAAUCCCUGAGGAUCAGAGAGCAAAAGUGGAAGAGGAGGAACGGCAGAAGGAUUUGGCUGGUUUGGAGUUGGCACCUAGGAAUCGUAAUAAGCAAUUCACCGAGCGAAAUGUGACUGCUGAGGAUGAUGAUGGCGACAACAGCUCUGAUUCCGAAACAGACGCAUCGAAACGACGAAAGAAAAAAGCUUGGGGAGAUUUCUCCAGCGCUGAGAUUAAAAAAUUCGUUAGAGCUUUUAAGAAGUUCGCCAUGCCACUCGAGAGGCUUGAAGCUCUUGCUCAAGAAGCAGAGUUGGAAGAUCGUAGCACAAGUGAGAUUCAGAAAAUUACCGAAGCUCUUCUUGAUGGCUGUAAGAAAUGUGAGGAUGACUACAAUUCGAAGAAAGAAAAUGUGAAAGAAAAAGACAAGAAGGAUGGCGAUAAGGUUAAAGAUAAAGGACCAACUUUCAAAUUCGCGGGAGUCAUUGAUGUUAACGUCAAACAAUUCCGUAAGAUGCAUACUGAUCUUAAACCACUCCAUGACGCUCUCUCUGGCCCAUCUUCGAGCGACUUCAAAGCACCGCCACGCGCAAGACCACAGAAGGGAUGGGAUGUUGAAUGGUCCAGUGUUGAUGAUUCUGCUUUGUUGAAAGGUGUUUAUAAGUAUGGAAUGGGUAGCUGGGAAUCUAUCAAGAUGGAUCCUGACUUAGGAUUAGCGGAGAAAAUAUUUUUGAAAGAUAAAGUUAAAAAACCCCAAAAAACAAAUGCUCAGCAGAGAGUCGAUUAUUUGCUGAAACUCAUGAACACGAAACCAGCUACUACGAACAAUGAGCGGAAACGGAAGGCUCCAGAGCAUCCGAACAAUGUUGUCGAAAAGAAGUCUCGCAACGUCAAAUUUACUAAGGAAUGGCUCGAAGAGCAAUUGUUUUUAUUGAAAAUUAACAAAAGUGCCUAUGCACAUGACUUAGAUAAUACGAAUGAUCGGCCAUUCACGCAAUGUGUAAAGAUGAUGAGAUCGGUUCAGAAAUAUAUCAAAAGAUUAGCUCAAGGCGACACCGAGUCUGAUCUAGCCAAGUGCCUGUGUAGACUAGGUGACAACUGUCGGGACCAAUUAGGCUUAAUGAUCAAAAAAAGACCAGAAACAAAUCUUGAGAAAUGGUAUAAUUAUCUUUGGAUUUUCCUCUCCAGAUUCGUAUCCAAGGAGCCCAAUGAAAUGUUGCUCAGCUAUAGAGAAUUGAUUCGAGCGAAGAGUAAAGGACGAGAACACAAGUCAAAAGAUAGGGUGGACAAAACUACAGGACGUGAGAAGAAAGCUGAAAAGGAGAAGAGAUCUGACAAGGAGAAGAAAGCUGAAAAAGAGAAGCGAUCUGACAAGGAGAAGAAAGACAAAGAUAAGGAUCGGGGUUCCAGCAAAGACCACAAAGAUAGAAAGGAGCAUAAAUCUCACAGAAGAGACAAGGAUAGAGAGAAAGACAAUCAUGAACGUAAGGACCACGGGAAGCAGAGUAGCAAACCGAAGAGUGGACAUAAUCACGAAGUAGAAAGAGAGAAAGUGCUCCAUCUGUCAACCUUGAGUUCACACUGA